CACGAAAUAAAUUGUUAAUUGAAUGGAAAAUUGUAUAAAAAUUAACGUUGACAAUGUCGCCGUUGGACGACCUGCCCGAUGUGGUGUCUUUCUUUGGAGUGGACUUGAGAACAGGCUCCUUGAUAGUCGCUGCAAUAGGAGUGCUCUUAGCGGUAGCAUGGAGUAUUUAUACUGAAUAUUUUAAAACAUCGUAGAAGUAGCUAUACAUUCAGAUCAGAUAAGUACUGACAUAAAGUACCUAAUACAACAAAGGGUAUACAAAAAAUGGAACAUAAGUACAAUAAAUAUACAAGGUUCAUCCAAUGGCGUACGGAUGUUCCUGCUUCACACCCAUAAGCUACCUCAUCGUCACAAUAUGGAUACUAGUGGCUCUGUACUUCGCUGCUAGCAUCGCUUUGUUCUGUGGAAUAGCUAAUGACGAUGCCUUACUCUGUACUAUAUGGAUCUGGUUCACAGUCAUAUUUGUAGCGAUUAUGCUGAUGAUGAUGAUAAUGCUCGCUCUGCUGUUCACCUCUAGAAGACAGAGGAGUAGAGUCUUCAUCACGAUAUUGGGGAUGCUCUGGUAUAUCUUAACAAUCUACUUCAUAUUGGUAGUGAACAGUCAUCGCAAAACUCUCAGUAAAGACAAGGAAACGACAACAAUAAAAGCGCCACCGGCAGGAGGGGCGGCAGAGAAACCAUCAGAAAGCCCAUCAGGAGCAGACUCACCACCAGCAGCAGACUCAUCACCAGACCACCCACCAUCAGACGACGCACCAUCACCUGACGCACCAUCACCUGACGCACCACCACCCGAUGCGCCAGCACCUGACGCACCAGCACCCGAUGCACCAGCACCAGACGCACCAGCACCCGAUGCACCACCAGACGAGCCCCCACCAGACGAGCCCCCACCAGACGGCCCACCACCAGAAGACCGAAAGGCGCGACGCAAGAGUGGUCAGAGGGAUGCGAAACUGUCUCGGUUAACGACAGCGACACCGGCUAGGCCGAUGUUGCAAUGUACAAUGGUCCCAACGAUUCGCCACAAAAAGGGCCCACGUUUGUACCAGUAUGAGAAAAAGGAAAUUAUUCCAACCCAUACAACGUUCCACCAAGGGUAAUGUCAAGGUUAACAAGAGUUCGAUGUCCGUGUACCUAUUUAUUUUGCUAGACAUGUGCCGCCAUUUUGUAAUCGUAUUGUCAUGUAACAAGUAAUAAAAUUGGUUUUAUUUUU